AUGUUCCAGAACUGCAACCUACCUGGAGUGCCCAGAAGUACAAGGUGUUCAGUGCUCAGAGACAUGGCCAAGAUCGAUGGGCCCGUGGCUGGAUCAGUAACGGGCACGGAGCUCCACUUCGACUCAGACGCCAGCAAGGUGGAGGCUGCCUUUGAUACAGUGAACCAUCAGAUCCUCCUCUCCACCCUCUCCGAGCUGGGCAUCUCCGGCGCGGCUCACUCCUGGAUUGCGUCCUACCUGACCGGUCGCUCCUACCAAGUGGCGAAUCGCAUCUCUGCAUGUCUGGCCGACAUAUCAGUAUGGAUGACGGAUCACCACCUCAAGCUGAACCCUGGCAAGACGGAGCUGCUCUUCCUCCCGGGGAAGGACUGCCCGUUCCAUGAUCUCGCCAUCACGGUUGACAACUCCGUUGUGUCCUCCUCCCAGAGUGUGAAGAGCCUUGGCGUGACCCUGUCGUUCUCCGCUAACAUCAAGGCGGUGACCCCAUCCUGCAGGUUCAUGCUCUACAACAUUCAGAGAGUACGACCCUGCCUUACACAGGAAGCGGCACAGGUCCUAAUCCAGGCACUUGUCAUCUCCCGUCUGGAUUACUGCAACUCGCUGUUGGCUGGGCUCCCUGCCUGUGCCAUUAAACCCCUACAACUCAUCCAGAAUGCCGCAGCCCGUCUGGUGUUCAACCUUCCCAAGUUCUCUCACGUCACCCCCCUCCUCCGCACACUCCACUGGCUUCCAGUUGAAGCUCGCAUCCGUUACAAGACCAUGGUGCUUGCCUAUGGAGCAGUGAGGGGAACGGCACCUCCGUACCUUCAGGCUCUGAUCAGUCCCUACACCCAAACGAGGGCAUUGCGUUCAUCCACCUCUGGCCUGCUGGCUCCCCUUCCUCUGCGGAAGCAUAGUUCCCGCUCAGCCCAGUCAAAACUGUUCGCUGCUCUGGCACCCCAAUGGUGGAACAAGCUCCCUCACGACGCCAGGACAGCGGAGUCACUCACCACCUUCCGGAGACAUUUGAAACCCCACCUCUUUAAGGAACACCUGGGAUAG